CUCUCGUCUGCAAACAAAUGGUUUCAAAGAUUCACGGCUUCAACUGCCUCCUGCCUUCCCCCUUUAUAUACCGCUCUUCAACCACUCGGUGUGUUCAUCGGAUCCAUUCUCCAGUCUUUCCCAAGAACUCAACUCGAAGAUGGACAUGAACAUGAACAGACCUCAACAACAAGUCAUCUCGAUGCCACCGGUCAAGAAUUCGCCAGCCGGCUACUUGCCCGAUCCCACUGCCGUUACCAAAUUCCGGGUUUCGACUUCUUCCAACAAAUCUGAACAAAGCAAAAGAAAAUCUGUUCUCAGAAGAAUAAUAAGCACACGAGGGAAGAAAACCGACAGUUUCACUAACGGAGCUAGCGACCAUAGCAAGAUUACCGAAACUGUGAAGAGGAAAUUGACAUUGGGGGCGAGGAUUCUUCAAGUGGGAGGGCUCGGGAAAAUCUUCAAACGACUGUUCAUGGCUGGUGAAGGCGAGAAACUGUUCAAGGCAUACCAGUGUUACCUGUCAACUACUGCAGGCCCUAUCGCAGGUCUUCUCUUCAUCUCGUCCAAGAAGAUCGCCUUCUGCAGCGAAAGAUCGGUCAAGAUGGCUUCUCCUCAGGGAGACAUAGUCCGAGUUCAUUACAAGGUAUCGAUCCCAUUGAGCAAGAUCAAGAGAGUAGACCAGAGCCAGAACACAAAGAAGCCAUCGCAGAAGUACCUGGAAGUAGUCACCGUCGAUGAUUUCGAGUUUUGGUUCAUGGGAUUCUUGAGCUACCAGAAAGCCUUCAACUGUCUUCAGCAGGCACUGUCUCAGAGCUUCGAAGAAGAAGACAUGAUGUCCAAUUAGCCGGUUUUCUGAGGUUAUUCGGGGUUUAAGAAGAAACAUUCCAUUUCUUCUUACCUGUUUUCCAUCAGAAUAGUGGCGUGAAUGAAGUUAGGAGGUGCAAUAGAAAGACAACAAUAUUGUACAAACUCAUUUUUUUUAAUCAUUUCUUUCCCAAUUGUAGACAGACUCAUGCAAGAAAUGAAUAUAAAGGCUGUUCUUUUA